AUGAUACACAUCUCCACCAUCCCCCGUUACAGCCAAACUCCUCCUCCUCCCGCCACCACCACCACCACCACCAACCCCCAUCCUCGGCCUAAAUCCCCCCGUAUUACAAGGCGAAGCAAACCCCCGAGAUCUCCAGCUUCGUCUUCGGCUUCGGCCCAACCAUACUACAAGCCUCCGUAUCCCAACCCCAGUCUUGAUCCCUCCAACCGUCAAACCCAUGCUGUUGUUGACCAGCAAGACCACUCCCAGCGGCGGCAUCCAACCCAACCUCCUCAUCCCUCGCCGUCCUCCUCUCCUGCUGCUCCCUCCUCACCGCGGUGGCACCCACCACCACCGCCCUCCCAUGCGCCGAGACCUUCCUCCCCAGCUCCAUCAACUCGUAUUGCACCGCCUCUGCAAGAUCCUCGCUUGCCUUUCUGACGCGGUUGAGCAGCGACGUUUUCUCGUUCCCGUCUGCGGGUAACGAGGUAGAAGAAGACAGCAAGAGUUCG